UGUGCCGUGCAUGUGUCGUUUGCAUAUGUGUGCUGUUUGUGUAUGCUGUGCGUGUGCCAUUUGCGUGUACCAUGCGCAUGUGCCGUUUGCGUGUGCAAAUUGCGUGUAUGCCGUGCACGUGUGCUGUGCGUGUGUGUCGUUUGCAUGCCGUGCAUGUGUGCCGUUUGCAUGCCAUGCACGUGUGCCGUGUGCGUGUGCCAUGCGCGUGUGCUGUGCAUGUGCCAUUUGCGUGUGUGCUGUUUGUGGGUACCAUGCGCAUGUGCUGUUUGUGUGUGCGCUGCAUUCCUGUGCUCAUGUGCCAGGUUCGCAUGUGCACCAUGUUCCUGUGUGCAUGUGUGCUCAGUGUGUGCCAUAUGCAUGUGUGGUGGUCACGCGUGUGCCUCACGGGUCCUCCCUCACAGCACCAUGGGGAAGAGGCACCAGCCAGGGCACACCUCCUGGUAUCUGCUAGGUCUGCCGGGCCAUAGCUGAAGCUGAGUGCCCCCCAGUUCCCCUGGGAGGGCCUGCACCUGGAGCCUGGUGUGUCCCCAAGGGCACCCCCAAAGCAACGCAGAGGCAGAGGAGGAGUCCCAGCCCCGCACACCUGGUGCUGCUCCAGCCGCCGCUCAUUUGCCUGUGGCCCUUCCUCCCUCGUUUGCAUGCCCCCCUGGCAAACUCUACCCCCAGCAGGAGCCACCUGUGUGCCUGCCACACAGGAGUGGCCCAGACGGGUCAGCAGUGUGAGUACAGCUGGCCAUGCGGUUCCUGCAGCUUCCAGGCGUCAGACCCCGGCAGAAGGGCUGAGACCCUCAAGGAACUCUGCUCCCAAGUAGGCUGGGAGAGCACCGCCACCACCCCAGGGCCCUCUGCAGCUGCAGGGUGGAGGCCUGGCUGGCCGGCUGCCCACUGGCCUGACUGGUCUGCAGGCCUAGGGGGCCCACCCCUGCCGCCCCUGCACAGCCUUGAGUUGGAGCCAGAAGCUCCUGGGGCUGGGUAGGAGGCGUUUCUGUGCUUAUGAAAAGCCCCAGAGCUGGGUGUCUCUGCAUCCCUCCCACGCAGCUGAGACCUCAGAGCCCUGGAGUUCCCUUUGACCCCUCUCCUCUCCACAGCCUGCUGAGUAACUCCAGGAAUGGGGGGGUGGCGAGGGGCUCAGCCACAGGCAGGGAACAAGGCCACAGACAGCGACUGAGCAGAGCCUGCCUGCCAGUCAGUGCUGGCCAUAGAGCCUAGCAGUGGCCUCAGGCAGAGCCUGACGCGCACAAAUUUUCAGGCCCAGGAAGCAAGGACACCACUGGGGCCCCAGGGUGUGGCAAGUGAGGAUGGCAAGAGUUUUGCUAAACAAAUCCUCUGCCCACUCCCCGCCCUGGGCUCACUCCAUGUGAGGCUCCAGUCAAGACAGCCACCUGCAGUGCCUAUUGGAAGUUGCCUGUGCCAUGCUGGGCCCUGCUGUCCUGGGCCUCAGCCUCUGGGCUCUCCUGCACCCUGGGACGGGGGCCCCAUUGUGCCUGUCACAGCAACUUAGGAUGAAAGGGGACUACAUGCUGGGGGGGCUGUUCCCCCUGGGCGAGGCCGAGGAGGCUGGCAUCCGCAGCCGGACACGGCCCAGCAGCCCUGUGUGCACCAGGUUCUCCUCGAACGGCCUGCUCUGGGCACUGGCCAUGAAAAUGGCCGUGGAGGAGAUCAACAACAAGUCGGAUCUGCUGCCUGGGCUGCGCCUGGGCUACGACCUCUUCGAUACGUGCUCAGAGCCUGUGGUGGCCAUGAAGCCCAGCCUCAUGUUCCUGGCCAGGGCAGACAGCCGCGACAUCGCCGCCUACUGCAACUACACGCGGUACCAGCCCCGCGUGCUGGCUGUCAUCGGGCCCCACUCGUCAGAGCUCGCCCUGGUCACCGGCAAGUUCUUCAGCUUCUUCCUCAUGCCCCAGGUCAGCUAUGGCGCUAGCAUGGAGCUGCUGAGCGCCCGGGAGACCUUCCCCUCCUUCUUCCGCACGGUGCCCAGUGACCGCGUACAGCUGACGGCCGCCGCGGAGCUGCUGCAGGAGUUCGGCUGGAACUGGGUGGCCGCCCUGGGCAGCGACGACGAGUAUGGCCGGCAGGGCCUGAGCAUCUUCUCGGCCCUGGCCGCCGCUCGUGGCAUCUGCAUUGCGCACGAGGGCCUGGUGCCGCUGCCCCGUGCCGACGACUUGCGGCUGGGGAAGGUGCAGGACGUGCUGCACCAGGUGAACCAGAGCAAUGUGCAGGUGGUGCUGCUGUUUGCCUCCGUGCACGCCGCCCACGCCCUCUUCAACUACAGCAUCAGCAGCAGGCUCUCGCCCAAGGUGUGGGUGGCCAGCGAGGCCUGGCUGACCUCUGACCUGGUCAUGGGGCUGCCCGGCAUGGCCCAGGUGGGCACGGUGCUUGGCUUCCUCCAGAGGGGUGCCCAGCUGCACGAGUUCUCCCAGUACGUGAAGACGCACCUGGCCCUUGCCGCUGACCCGGCUUUCUGCGCCACCCUGGGCAAAAGGGAGCAGGUUCUGGAGGAGGACGUGGUGGGCCAGCGCUGCCCGCAGUGUGACUGCAUCACGCUGCAGAACGUGAGCACAGGGCUAAAUCACCACCAGACGUUCUCUGUCUACGCAGCUGUGUAUAGCGUGGCCCAGGCCCUGCACAACACUCUUCAGUGCAACGCCUCAGGCUGCCCCACACAGGACCCCGUGAAGCCCUGGCAGCUCCUGGAGAACAUGUACAACCUGACCUUCCACGCGGGCGGGCUGACGCUGCGGUUCAACAGCAGCGGAAACGUGGACAUGGAGUACGACCUGAAGCUGUGGGUGUGGCAGGGCUCAGUGCCCAAGCUCCACAACGUGGGCAGGUUCAAUGGCAGCCUCUGGACAGAGCGCCUGAAGAUCCGCUGGCACACGCUUGACAACCAGAAGCCUGUGUCCCAGUGCUCGCAGCAGUGCCAGGAAGGCCAGGUGCGCCGGGUCAAGGGGUUCCACUCCUGCUGCUACGACUGUGUGGACUGCAAGGCGGGCAGCUACCGGCACAGCCCAGACGACCUCGCCUGCACCUUUUGCCGCCAGGAUGAGUGGUCCCCGGAGCGGAGCACACGCUGCUUCCGCCGCAGGUAUCGGUUCCUAGCAUGGGGCGAGCCGGCUGUGCUGCUGCUGCUCCUGCUGCUGAGCCUGGCGCUGGGCCUUGUGCUGGCUGCUUUGGGGCUGUUCAUUCGCCAUCGGGACAGCCCACUAGUUCAGGCCUCGGGCGGGCCCCUGGCCUGCUUUGGCCUGGUGUGCCUGGGCCUGGUCUGCCUUAGCGUCCUCCUGUUCCCUGGCCAGCCCAGCCCUGCCCGCUGCCUGGCCCAGCAGCCCUUGUCCCACCUCCCGCUCACGGGCUGCCUGAGCACGCUCUUCCUGCAGGCGGCCGAGAUCUUCGUGGAAUCAGAACUGCCUCUGAGCUGGGCAGACCGGCUGAGUGGCUGCCUGCGGGGGCCCGGGGCCUGGCUGGUGGUGCUGCUGGCCAUGCUCGUGGAGGCCGCACUGUGCACCUGGUACCUGGUGGCCUUCCCGCCGGAGGUGGUGACAGACUGGCGCAUGCUGCCCAAGGAGGCACUGGUGCACUGCCGCACACGCUCCUGGGUCAGCUUCGGCCUAGCGCACGCCACCAACGCCACGCUGGCCUUCCUCUGCUUCCUGGGCACCUUCCUGGUGCAGAGCCAGCCGGGCCGCUACAACCGUGCCCGUGGCCUCACCUUUGCCAUGCUGGCCUACUUCAUCACCUGGGUCUCCUUUGUGCCCCUCCUGGCCAACGUGCAGGUGGUCCUCAGGCCUGCCGUGCAUAUGGGCGCCCUCCUGCUCUGCGUCCUGGGCAUCCUGGCAGCCUUCCACCUGCCCAGGUGUUACCUGCUCAUGCAGCAGCCAGGGCUCAACACCCCCGAGUUCUUCCUGGGAGGGGGCCCUGGGGAUGCCCAAGGCCGGAACGACGGGGACACAGGAAAUCAGGGGAAACAUGAGUGACCCCUGACCCUGUGAUCUCAGCCCCAGUGAACCCAGACCUAGCUGAGAUCCCCCCAAGCCAGCAAUGACCCGUGUCCCCCUACAGAGACCCUCCCGCUCUAGAUUCUGACCCCAGGUUGUCUCCUGACCGACCCCACAGUGACCCCUAGGCCUGCAGCACGUGGACACCCCUGUGACCAUCUGGGCCCCAGAGCCAAGCUGUGUCCCUAUCCCUCUGUGCCCAGGUAACCCAGACCCACCGUUCUGAAAAGAGGCCCAGAGGGCUCUCAGGGUCCCUGCAACCCACACCAUGAGCUCAGGAAAAGGACGCAGGGAGGCCCCAGCCAGAUGGCUGGAAGCCCAAACCAGGCCCUGCCGACCUGACCAUGUCCCGCCAGGGCCCCCACCCAGCACCCUGCCAGGCACCACAGCAGUGGGAGGCCACGUGGGGGCACACAAGCAUAUGCCCAGGGCAGAGCCCGCCCAGGUGGGGGUGGCACCCAGCUUCCUUCUGUGCCCCUGGCCCAGUGCGUAGACAGCAUCAUGACUGUCACCAGUACCAGGGACAGAGCCCAGGUGGGGUGGGGGCGGGGUCCAGCACCGACCACCAGGACCCUGGAGCCAGCACCAUGGACAGAAAACUGCCCACCAGGUCCGACGCCAGCACCCGCCAGGCUCACACAGGGUCUUGGGUCAGAGUCCCAUGGUCAGCCCCCAGCAGGGCCUAGGGGAGGCUGGACCAGCUCCCUAUGCCUCAUUCCAAGGCAGCCCAGCCGGAGAGAAGGGGCACAGGCCACACAUCUGUCCCAUAAAAUUAAACGCUUUUUAGUGUUUAAAAUAA